AUGAGUUCAAGGAUAUUAGCUUUCGUGACUAAUCGAGCUCGACUGCUGUUACUGCUCUCUUGUCUGAUCACUUGUUGUGUACUCAUCUAUCAACACGAUCCUACCUUGACCAAACUCCUACCCAUACAAGAAACGGCUUUUCACGAAGACCGUCGAUCAGAUUUCUUUUCGCCCGUCUACUCAUUAGUCGAUUCCCUUGCACUUGCACGACCGACGCCUGAAGCAUCACCUUCAGUAUUGAUUUUUCAGCAUGCACCCUACUUCAACCCGUUGCAUAGAGCUUCAUUUGCGACGCACAAACUAUAUGCCGAAAUCUGGGGAUAUGGAUAUGAGGUGGCUAAAGGAUCGAAGGUCACUCAAGAUCCCAGACAAAAAGCCAAGACGAUGAAUAAGUUAUAUGCACUGAUCGAAGUAUUAAGAGAUCAAUUAAACCAAGAAGAAAAGGAAAGGUAUGAUUGGAUAUUUGUAACGGACAUCGAUACGCUAAUAUCGAAUCCCUCUAUUCCUAUACAUCACCUUUUACCAUCACCUACACUGCCGCUGUCGCCAGAGCCAUUGUUUCUAGCUAGUCAAGAUCAUAAUGGACUCAACGCUGGAGUAUUGAUUUUCCGAGUAGAUUCUUUGAUAUUGGAUAUAUUACAAUGGACAAUAGAUGAAUUCGAAUCGACACCUGAUAGAGGUGAUGGAUGGUCACCUUCUGAUCAAACUCUUUUAUCUCGUGCUUUAUCAGAAGGUUUACCCCAAAGAGGAAGAGAAUUAGCUGAAGAGAAUGGCGUCAAAGCACACGGUCUGAAUCUGUUGAACGAUUAUCAAAUGACGAAAGAAUUGGGUAAACAAUGGUGGAAACAUGCAAAGAACGGUAUUGUGAGCAUGAGGUUUUUGUGGGAUUAG